GGGCACUUCCUUGUUUGUGUUCUGUCACUUUUUUUUAUGAACAGUCUUUGUUUGUCACAUGUAAAAAAGGAGUUUAGACUUAAUGAAUGGUGACUCGUCUCUUCUCCGCCGCUUAGUCGCCUCCAGGUGAAACCCUGAAUCAUUCACAGGCUUUUAAAAACUCCUAGAUGCUAAUGCACGAUGCUAACGCUAGCCGCCGGUGAAGUCGGAGCGGAGUCCUGAGGCGAUGGGGUCUGUCCGCUGGGCUUUCCGCUGCGGGUCGUGGACUCCGAGCCGGGGCGAGUGGCUGCUGGCGGCCCGCUGCGUCCAGAGAGAGGAGAAGGACAGGAUCGGACAGUUCGUAUUCACCAAGGAUGCGAAGUCAGCCAUGGCUGGCAGGUUGUUGCUCCGGAGGUUUGUCUGUGAGAGGAUGGGGGUCCCCUGGUCACAGAUCAGACUGGAGAGAUCUCCCAGAGGGAAGCCUUACCUGGCAGCACCGCUGAAGGUCAGUUCAGAUUCAGGUGGUGUCUGGAGUUUCAACCUCUCCCACCAGGGAGACUACGCCGUGCUCGCUGCCGAUCAGGGGGUGCAGGUGGGAGUGGAUAUCAUGAAGACCACCAUGCCAGGUAGCAAGUCUGUGCCGGAGUUUUUCCGCAUCAUGACUCGUCAGUUUACACCGUAUGAGUGGGGCAUCAUCCAAUCAGCUGGCUCGGAGCACCAGCAACUCGCCGCGGUCUACCGCCACUGGGCCCUGAAGGAGAGCUUCAUCAAAGCCAUCGGCACAGGUCUCGGCUUGGACCUGCAGAGGGUGGAGUUUCACCUGUCCUCUGAACCGCUCACACAGAGCCAGCCGCUACGUCAGACCAAGAUGCAUCUGGAUGGGGAGGAAAAGGAGGACUGGAUAUUCGAAGAGAGCUUGCUGGAUGUUGACCAUCAUGUUGCUGUUGCACUCGGACCAACAGACAGACCAGACUCUCCACCUCAUCCUUCACCUCUCCCUCCUCCAACCACAUUUACGCUGCUGUCGUUCAGUGACCUCACUGCCUCCGCCUCACCUCUGACGGAGGAAGACCCCACAUACUGGGACAGCUUCAGGACAAAGGCUGAGGGUCCACAGAGACAGAGAGAGACCCACACGUCCAGACAAGCUGCUGUCUCAGACUGACACUGAAGCUGCUUCUUCAUUCAACAUGAGUCCAGUCUAGUUUAUUUAUAAGGCAGAAAACUCACAGGUUUGACUCGGACUCAGAAGACAGCUCUGAAUUUCAUUAGCUGUGCUCAUUAUUGAUUGGUGCAUGCCCCAACAGCUCUUUUCAUAGAUUGAAACACAGUAAGAAUUAAAAAGGGUCAUUUUUUAUUCCUGUUGUGGGUUAAGGAAACAUUAAUAUUCACUUUGAUAUCUGUGUGACGACCAAAGUUACUGUUAUUAAUUCUAAAUAUUAUGCCUCUGGGCUUUUAACAGCCACAGGUCGGAGGCAUUUUGUUUUUGGUUUGUCCGUCAGUCCCAUUCCCAUGAACACAAUAUUUCAAGAAUCCCUUGAGGGAAUUUCCUCAAAUCUGGUACAAAUAUUCACUUGGACUCAAGGAUUGAUCUGGUUUUGGUGGUCAAAGAUGCAAAGGUCAUGGUGGCCUCACCAAGUAUAUUUAUGGUUUUCUUGAACAAGAUCAGCUUAAGGAAAUGUACAAAAGUUAAUUUUGGCUCAAAGAUUGACCGAUAAGAAUGUGGUGGCUGGAGGUCAAAGGUCAAGGGUCACAGUGACCUCAUGUUACUGUGAAUGUGACAUAUUAGGACUGCCUCUAGGGAACUUUAUUACAUCUGACACUUUAUUACAUCUGACACUUGGACCCACUGAUAAUCUUUCAGUGGUCAAAGGUCACUUCGGCCUUAAAAUAACAUUUUUUGUUUGUUUUUGUCCCCUUAAAUGACUUAUCUUUUGAUUCAACUUUUGAUCAGUUAUUACUUGGACUCAAAGACAAAGAACAUAUGAAUUCAGUGUGGUAACUGCAGUAGUUGGCGGAGGUAAUAUUCAAAUUUGAUUCUUAAAUGUUUGAUUUUUAUUUCAGUCCUCUCACUCGUAAGGCUUUCAUGUGUUCAUACCCAUAGAGCUGGACAAUCAUUCAAUAGCAGCGUGCAGUGGUGUUUCAGAUCAUAUAUAUAUGUGUGUGUUUGUGUGUGUGUGUGAGAGACAGACAGACGCUUGAGUCUGUUUUUAACAUCAACCUUAUUGCAUUCAUUUUCAGCUAGUUGACCAUCUUCUCUCUCUCUCUCUCUCUCUCUCUCUCUCUCUCUCUCUCUCUCUCUCUCUCUCUCUCUCUCUCUCUCUCUCUCUCGCUCUCACUCUCUCUGAGUCUGCACAUGUCUUUCUUUUCUGCAUCACAUUACUAAUAUCAUAACCUAUAAUCAUGAGCCUUCUCACCCUCACACAGAAAUAAAUAACUGCCUAUAAUUGGAAAAGUUAAGAGGUUGAGUUUGUGAUACUACACCUCUACUUCCUGGGAUGAGCACGUAAACACAUGGAGUGGAUCCAAGAUCAAUGCGUUUUCCCACUGCCAUAAAUUUGAAAUUCUGGAGGCAUAAUCACAAUUAAAGAAAUGAGAAUGGAGACACCAGAAAUAUACAAAAGUUUAAAAACAAUUUUAUUUGAACUGCAGGCAGCAUUUUAUACAGGCUGACCAGAAGUCUGAAUAAUGAAGCCAAACAGACACAUUGACAUGAACCUGCUGUGACAAGCUGAUGUUCACAACUGCUGCUCACCGUCACGUCAGAGUAUCUAUCAGGUUUAGUGUUUGUUUGAUCGAUCUUUUUUUUGUACCCCCCCUUUUAUUUUCACGCCGCAGAUUGAAGCAUUCGAGUGCAAUAGAGGGGAAUUGUUGGUAUUGAUGAAAUGGAAACCUGCUGCCCAGAUGGCCUCCAUGCAGGGUCUUUGUACAGCCAGCGUGUCGGAGUCAGUCAGUCAAGUGUGUAUAGGUCAGCGUGUACAUGUGCAUCUACUGUGAAUGAAAGAAAGGAGCUUGUAAACACACACACACAGUCAUUGCCUCCAGCUGGAGUGAAUUAUUUUGCCUCCUCACCGUCUUAAAUCUUCUGUUUUCCGCAGCGCUGCAGGAGCAGCGGGGUCAGACCGGAGUCACAGGCUUUCCUCAGAGAGACAGAGGAAAUUUUACGUCCCCUCAAGUUUACUGCUGUUGUUUUUUCCAUAUGCUUUGGGCAUUGCACUGAAAGUUUAGUUUGAGGUGAGACAUGAGAGGCAGCUCCGCCUGCUGUUAAGGGCGAAGAUUGGAGUAGGAAAACAUUUUGUCUAUUGUUUAACAUUAGGCUUUCACUGGCUCAUUAAAAACAUUUGAUUCAGUUUCAAGGCUCAUUCAAUGUUUUUGAGCUUCUUAUAAAAAAGAGGGGAUGGAACGCUUGGUUAUAUUGUGACCUUGGUUUUCUGAGUGAAAAGACUCCAACUCCUGCAUAUGUGAUAUGUGAAGAGAAAACAAUAUAGAACUUGAAGCUCUAAGGUUGAAACUUGUAUGUGAUUGGCCAGUGAUCCUAAUCCCAGAACAUUCUAACCCUGUCAAAUAUCAUCUGGGUUUAUUAUUACUUCUAUAAUAUUCAUUAUUAAAAAGUGUGUGUGACCUACAGGAUGCUCACAAGCUAAUUAGCGUUGGCCACUGUAUUAUAGUUAAUAAUGUUAGGGCUGGCUAAGCUCAUUAGUUAACAUACAAAUGCUAAAUAUGCAAAAUGCAUUUAAUUUACACUGAAUUCCACUAAUUUCCAUUUUCUAUUUUUGAUAUGGAAGUAAUCCAAAAGUAUUCAGAGAAGAUCAAAUUUGUUAAUUCAAAUAAUAAUAUCACAAUUGUAAGUCAUCACAUUUCUAAGUAAUCAGAGCCAACCCUGUUCACAGCAGUCACGGCCCCUCAUCCACAAGUUUGUAUUGAGAAAGGAGAGAAUUUCGUUCCUUAGUGUGAUUUACAUUCUGUCCAUCUGUUUUCCCCACAGCAGCGUCUGUUAAGGAAUUCCUUUAAACAUCAGCUUGCUGUUUUUUUUAACGUCAUCAGUCAUCACUUUGUUUGUUUUUCCCUGCUCUGAACAUGCUGUGUGCAGCCCUACGUGUGAUUAGAAAGUCAUGCCACAUUUGACACAAUCAAAGCUUACACGCACACUGACACACACAGGGUAGAUAUGUAAUACUUACACAACCUAAUCAGAUAUAUUAACAUGUUUACACUUGUUGGCUUGUUCUGAUUACCGGGGCCUUGUGUGGCUGUCUGCUUAAAUAACAAUAUGGCAUUGGGGGUAAACACAGUGAUGUGUCAGAAACAGGAAAGUAAGGAAAUUACAUGAACAGUGUAUAACUCUGGUAUCACUAAGCACCCAGGCUCCUUACAUUUGGUAAUAAACAAUAUAAGGCAUUAGCACCGGAAAGGGAGCGAAGCCUCCUCCAGUCUCGAUUAGAGAAGGCAAACAUUCCACUAUCCCUUGUUAUAAUGUAACACAACUGUGUGUUUGCUUUUGAAAUUACACUUUUUAGAUUAUUUUAGUUUAGUGUCUCUAAUCCUCCCGUCAAAUGCCUGUUUGACAUCAGUUAGCUGGUUAAUCUGAUGUUGUAGGUGCAGCAGGGUAUCACACGUAUUCUUGGUAGCCCAGAUUAUUAGUGCACAGUCUAUGUAAUGACAUUACAUGCAGCUGAAAGAUCAGGCAUGACACAACUGAUGCAUAUUUUAGAUCACAGUAGAUUACAGGGAUUCAUUGCUGCAUUAAUCCCCUGUAGAUAAGCUGGAGUUUAUUACCCUUCACAAUCAAAUUUGAAGGACAAUAUAUUUUAUACUUUAUUUUUAAUGACAGGAUGUAUUACUACACACUGCAACACAACUGCACGUCUUAAAUUUAAACUUAACACACGUAAGUAAAGCAUCUGUAGAGUGUCUGGCAUUGAAGAUAAUUUGAGUUUGUCCUUUGUUUUCAAAUUCAAUAACCAACCAAAAGCUAUUUUUGUAUGUUACCAAACCAGAAAAUGGAAAUGUUUGACAGAUUAAAUUAACCAUGCAUCUGCUCAGUCUUCAUGAAUUGUAAACAAGCUACCAACGUUGUUUGUAUUUGUUCAGUUGGAAGUGAGUUUGGCUGUAUGUGCUCCACACAGCUGCAGGUAAUCUGCUGACUGUAAGACCUGCAUAAUGCACAACCAAACCUAAUAAUCCUGAUUCUUUCCAUAAUCCUCAACUCAAACCACGAAUCAGAUCCUUCCAUACUACUCAUCUUACACGCACACUGUUUCUCACCCUUCUCCUCCAUGUGCAAAACAAGCAGCCGCAAGACACACAAGCACACAUUCGCACAACUUAAUCACAACCGCUGUCGCUACCCUAUUUUCCAUAUGUAACUGGGGCACCUACAUCCAGCCAGCUGUAUUAAUGCAGACCAGUGUGUGUGUGUGUGUGUGUGUGUGUGUGUGUGUGUGUGUGUGUGUGUGUGUGUGUGUGUGUGUGUGUGUGUGUGUGUGUGUGUGUGUGUGUGUGUGUGUGUGUGUGUGUGUGUGUGUGUGUGUGUGUGUGUGUGUGUGUGUGUGUGUGUGUGUGUGUGUGUGUGUGUGUGUGUGUGUGUGUGUGUGUGUUCCCAGCCAUCUGCACAAAUGCAAUCUAGUGCUGCAGGCAGAACUCUAGCAUCAGUCACAAGGGGGCCGAUGCUACAGAGAGCGGGGUUGGGCGUGAGGGCAGCAGGAGAGUUACUGCAGUUCUCUUGUAGAGAAACGGGGAAAGAAAGAAAAAGUAGUGAUGAAGAGGAAACGGGGGAAGGAAGGCUCUGGAGUAAAACCAAAAACGAGUGAGGUAAAGAGAAUUACACAAGGUCACAAUGGAAAGAGUUAAGAAGUAAAAUAUCCCCCAGACAAAAAGGAAAGUUGGGGUCUUGAGAGUUAAGAUUACAUGAAUUAAGACCAAAAGGUAACUAAUGUCACUUAAAAGAAAGCAUCGACUUUUGUGGUGGUACAAACUGUGCACAGCAGCAGCUGAAGUCAACUGAGUUAUUGGGUUAUAUAUGUUUUUAAAUCUUGACACCAUGUUUAUAACCGAUGCGUGUAAAUGAAGGGUACAUAGGAAAACCUCUGUAAAUGGUCAGGUAUACUGCCUCCACUGGUAGCUACCAUUUAUAUAUUCAAUUUUGAAUUAAACAUGUUUUGCUUGUG